GGCUACAUUGUAAGUGAUUUUCAUGAUUCUUCUCUCUGUUUUCUUUUCGGUUUCCGUCGUCGUGAAUUCCCGAGUUUUUGAUGCAACAGAUAAAGAUGGUUAGACCUCCUUGUUGUGACAAGCUGAAUGUGAAGAAAGGUUUAUGGAGUGAAGAAGAAGAUGCAAAGAUACUUGCUUAUGUAUCUAAGCAUGGAACUGGUAAUUGGACUGCUGUUCCAAAAAAAGCAGGGCUUAGAAGAUGUGGGAAAAGUUGUCGUCUCCGAUGGACUAAUUACUUGCGACCGGAUCUUAAACACGAAAGCUUCACUCCUCAGGAGGAAGAGUUGAUCAUUCGGCUUCACGCCGCGAUUGGCAGCAGGUGGUCCAUCAUAGCCCAACAGCUUCCCGGAAGAACAGACAAUGAUGUCAAAAAUUACUGGAACACUAAGCUGAAGAAGAAGCUUUCCGAGAUGGGGAUCGAUCCGGUUACUCACAAACCAUUUUCUCAAAUCUUAGCCGAUUAUGGGAACAUUGGUGGCCUCCCGAAGUCGAGAACCCGAUCCGGUUCCCUCAAACAAGACAUGAAGAAUACCUUCCUGAUAAAACCAGAGCCGCAUCAACUACAACCACCAACAGCAGCAACACAAGGAUUCACCAACUUCAACAAUAACCAAGUGAUGACAACGAUGGCAGCUCUCGGGAUCGAACCGAUCCCGGUAAACUUCUUCACGAACAACAACAUUAACCAUCAUGCUGCUUCUGAUUGUGUUCAAGCGUCAUCAUCAACUGAAAGUUCAUUUGUGGCAGCCAUGCUUGAUCAAGAAAAGGAGAUGUUCUCUGAGUUUGCAAAUCUUUUGGAAGAUCCUUGUUAUUAACUUUCAGUAGGUCC